AUGACCAACGAACAUCUGUCUGUCCUGUCGAAACUCACGCUUGUGCUCCAUCCAACGAACUGCCGGUACAGUCAGGAUUUAUUGUUGCUUUACUCUUCAGUGAUUAGAGAAGAGAUAUGGCACCUUAGCUUAAUUGGACCUACUAUCCCGGAAAAUGCAGCCGGCCCUCGAGAGACUUGGUGGGAAGGAAAGUGGUCUAUGGAACAAUUACAGAACCUAGUGCCUUCGAAGUCUCCCCAUGAACUCAUUAAUGAAAUACGAUCAUCUUUCUCCAAUGACGAUAUUACUCUGAUAGGAUACCGGGAAGGCAAUGAGACCGAAGUUCGGGUGACGAUUGGAUACUCAACUUCUGCCGCUUUUACCAUCCCACUGGCUCGCUUGAACCCUGCAAGUGAAUCUUCGCUGACUUCGACGCAACAGCCUUUUCUCAACCUUUUGAAAAUUACUUGUGAAGCAUACCAGCAACUGAAUAGCAGAAAACAUCAGAAACAUAUCGAGCAAGCACAGUCCGGUAGCUGGCUAGAUCAAGAUGCCAAUCAAAUCAUGACCCAAAGCUCAUCGUCACAAAUAACUGCCGCGCCCAAUCGUACCAGUGGUCUGGAUCAAAUGAAUAAUACCACAUAUAUAUCAUCUCAACGCUCUUUUACAGCUAAUUCAGCUGGUCCGGGUAAGAAAGCGAGGAUUACAGCGACCAAUCGUUUUCUUGACUCAGAUGAAUCGGAUUGA